AUGUCUGACGUCGAAGAGGAGCUCUUGACGGGUGAAUUUUCCAAUGGUUCAAGUAAAAUAAAUCUUGAUGCUGCUGAGAUUGAGCUGAAAAAGCGUCGCAUGCAGGAGUUGCUUGAUAAAGCUGCCGCAUUUACUGCCCUCAAAGAAACUGGAGCAGAUUCGGGUGCUGCUUUAAGUAGUCCUUCAAGUGCUCACGCUCCUCCUCCUCCUGCCCCAGAUCAUCGUCAUCGUCGUACAGAAAAGGAGGAAGAUGAGGAGCUUCUUAUUGAAACAAAGAAGGGCAGCAAUGCUAUUAUAACACGCUUUGAUGUUACUCCCUGGUAUGUGAAGGGUGGUGAAAUGCGUGACUACCAAAUCCGCGGACUUAAUUGGUUGAUUGGCCUUGGUUUAAGUAAUACUAACGGUAUACUUGCUGAUGAAAUGGGUCUGGGUAAGACUUUGCAGACAAUAUCGCUACUGGGCUAUGUGAAGCACUAUCGAGGUAAAUCUGGGCCCUUCCUUGUCAUCGUUCCGAAAUCGACGCUCUCGAAUUGGAUGAAUGAAGUUCGUAAAUGGGUGCCUACUCUUCAUCCUGUUUGUUUGAUAGGUAGCGCCGAUGAAAGGGCACGCGUUAUCCGCGAGGAAAUUUUGCCUGGCAAUUGGGAUAUUUUAAUCACGAGUUAUGAGAUGUGCAUUAAAGAGAAAAACCUCCUGAGGCGGUACAACUUUGUCUAUCUUGUGAUAGAUGAGGCUCAUCGUAUAAAGAAUGAGAAAUCAAAGCUUUCGGAGGUCGUGCGUAUGUUCAAUUCACAGAGUCGAUUGUUGAUCACUGGUACUCCGCUUCAAAACAAUCUUCAUGAACUCUGGGCACUUCUUAACUUUCUGAUGCCCCAGAUGUUUAUCUCCUCUGACACUUUUGACGAAUUAUUUAACUCGCAGUCCCUGCAGGAAGAAACUUUGGUCACUCGCCUUCAUUCGAUACUUCGGCCUUUUCUCCUGCGUCGCGUAAAAGCUGACGUUGAGAAAAAGCUGCCUCCGAAGAAGGAAAUCAAGAUCUACGUUGGUUUGAGCAAAAUGCAGCGGGAACUUUAUACAAAGAUUCUCAUGAAAGAUCUUGAUCUUGUCAACACUAGCGGGCAGAAAGCGGAUAAAGUGCGUCUCCUGAACGUACUGAUGCAACUUAGAAAGUGUUGUAACCACCCAUAUCUGUUCGAUGGUGUGGAACCGGGUCCGCCCUAUACAACUGAUCAGCAUUUGGUGGACAAUUGCGGCAAGAUGAUCCUCUUGGAUAAGUUAUUGAAGAAGCUUCGAGAGCAAGGCUCUCGGGUUUUAAUUUUCAGUCAGAUGACAAGGACUCUUGACAUUCUCGAGGAUUACUGCAUGUGGAGAGGACACGAAUAUUUCCGCCUUGAUGGUCAAACAGCCCAUGAUGAUCGACAGGUUUCUAUUGAUGAAUUUAAUCGUCCUGGCUCGACGAAAUUCAUUUUCAUGCUCUCCACUCGUGCCGGUGGUUUGGGGAUUAAUUUGGCUACUGCUGACGUGGUCAUUCUUUAUGAUUCCGACUGGAAUCCCCAGGUGGAUUUACAAGCUAUGGAUCGUGCCCACCGUAUUGGUCAGACAAAGACGGUGCGCGUGUUUCGCCUCAUCACUGAAAACACUGUGGAAGAGAGGAUCGUCAUGCGCGCUGAUAUGAAACUCUAUUUGGAUAAUCUUGUAAUUCAGCAAGGGCGUCUUGUUGAUCAAAAGUCCAAUCAAUUGCAAAAGACGGAAGUCAUCGAUAUGAUCAAAUUCGGUGCAAACUACAUUUUCCGCAGCAAGGAGAGUACAAUUAAGGACGAGGAUAUAGACGAGAUUCUGGCCCGUGGCGAGCAGAAGACUAGUGAACUGAACGAAAAGUACGCCAAGAUGGGAGAAUCCAAUCUUCGACAGCUGCGCUUCGACACAGAGGAGGAGGGGCCGGACUCUGUCUACAUUUUUGAUGGUGAGGAUUAUCGAACUAAGCAACAGAACUCCGGUGCACUUGCUGGUUGGAUUGAGCCACCUAAACGAGAGCGAAAAGCUAACUAUGCGGUAGAUGCCUACUUUCGGGAGGCUCUUCGUGUGUCGGAGCCAAAGGCACCUAAAGCACCACGACCUCCCAAGCAACCGAAUAUUCAGGACUUCCAGUUUUUCCCUCCUCGCCUCUUUGAACUCCUCGAUAAGGAGAUCUAUGCCUUCCGUAAAAGCAUAGGCUAUAAGGUGCCUAUUAAUCCGGACGCCGGUCCCGAAGGUAAACGUGAACGUCAAGAAGAGCAAGCAAAGAUAGAUGAUGCUACUCCACUUGAUGAGGCUGAGCUGGCCGAGAAAGAGGAGCUUUUGACACAGGGCUUCACAAAUUGGUCAAAGCGCGACUUUCAGCAGUUCAUCAAGGCUAAUGAAAAACAUGGUCGCGACGAUUUGGAGUCUAUUUCUCUCGAUGUUGAAGGGAAGUCGCCGGAGGAGGUUAAGCGCUAUGCUCGAGUAUUUUGGGCACGAUGCAGUGAGCUUCAAGAUGUUGAUAAGCAUAUGGCUCAGAUUGAGCGGGGAGAAUCGAAGAUACAGCGGCGAGCAGCUGUGAAGCGUGCCUUGGAUAUUAAAAUGAGUCGUUACCGCGCUCCCUUCCAUCAAUUGAGAAUUCAGUAUGGUGCCAAUAAAGGCAAGAAUUACACAGAGGAAGAUGAUAGGUUUCUCAUUUGCAUGCUUCACAAGCUUGGCUUUGAUCGUGACAAUGUCUAUGAUGACCUCAGACUGGCUAUUCGGCUGGCGCCGCAGUUCCGGUUCAAUUGGUUUAUUCGAUCUCGAACAUCCAUGGAGUUGCAGCGCCGGUGUAGCACGCUCAUUACCCUUAUCGAGCGAGAAAUAAUCGACUUGGAGGACAAGGGGAAGCAACGGGGUGGUACAGGUGGUGCCGCGGGGUUGCCGGCUAAUCUGACCGGGCCUGGAACCGGUGGAAUAAGUUCAGCUGUCGCGCAAAAGCGGAAAUCUUCAUCAGUAAACAAUCCUGCACAAAUGGAUAAGAAGAUCAAAGUAUGA